UGGACAUUUAUUUGGAAGGUAUUAGAGCGGAAGUGUUUUUGAUGCCAGAGUUGGAAAUACCUCAGGUGGGAAACUCGCGGAUUCUCAGGUGUCCCAUCAAACAUUCAGGUAAAUGAAUAAUAAACUCACAGCGACAGUUUGUUGUCUGUCAUGGAUUAAUUCUAGCGUAGUUAGUGUCAUUUCGUGUGAGGUGGUGUUUGUUUCCAGCGGACACUAUAUGCUGUAACACCGCAGUGACAUAUGUUGCAUAUGUGCUCUCUGCUCAGUCUCGGGUUGGCUUCAGGUUAUAUAGAGGAGCUGUCAGAGGUGAUGAAGGUGUGUUAGCAGGUGUUUAUAGGCUGCUAAUGCUGAUGGCCUGUCAAACCAAAUUCCAUUCAGAAAAACCCGUAAAUAAAGACAGGUAAACACACCUGUGAGUUUGUUUAUUGGCUGACUCACUCAGGUCACUUUAGGCAGUUUCAGGAAAAGCUUCAGUUACUGUGAUGUCUUCAUGUAUUUAUUGUUUUACAUUAUAUCUAAAGUAAUGUAUAAAAAUGUUGUACAUGAUAUCAUGAACUAAUUAAAAGCAGUGAUUAAAUGAAGGGGGUUUGGUAUGGGAUGUGGUCUGGCUCAGGUUUUAGAGGCUUAUUGUUUUUAUUUUGAAAUAGGGUAAUCAUCAGUGUGCGUUAUCUGACAUUAAAGCCAUUUAAAGCAUCUUUGUUCACAAAGAUAAAAACCUUUAGUCCCAGUUGAAUGAUGAGAUGAAUGCUCAAAAGUUAAACAAGGACACUCAUAGAUCCAGUCAGUGAGUUUGGGUCCUCUCCUGAUCCGUCUGCAGGGCCUAAAGCCUUUAUAAAACCACAAAAACCACACUGAACUUCAUAUUGAUCAAAAUAAUCAAAGCAAAGAGUUGUUAGUGUAAACUGUGCCAGAGGAGCUCUGAGUCUGGAGCUGAUCUCUGAGGCCCAGGACAGAGACGGUUGGACAGAGAGAAGGAGAAACAGUAUCAUCAUCUGCAGGCCUCAUGUAGCAGCACACACCCUGUAACAGACUCUGCUCUUAUCUGUCCCCAGCACCAGCCAGACAGCCUCAUAACAGACAGGUCACAGGAAAACAGGAAAGACAGGACUACAGCUUGACUGAGCAGAGCUGUGGGACAAAUCAUUGAUUACCUUUAUGACAGAUUGAUUAUCAGUGACUAUCACAGCGAUGUAGAUUAAACAGACACUUUUAACAAGACAGAAAAUAUGGAUUACAUUCAAGUGGUUGGUUAUUAGUCAAGUUAAGAAAAGGAUUUUAGAAGCAGAACAUGGACCCAAAGAUCCAAAUUUUCGAUAUUUUAACUUUGAUAUUUCAAAUGUUAAUUAUCCUUGAGGACCUAUAAUACUCUGUGCUUAUCUGUGUUCAUUCCUGUGUUUUCAUCCCAAUAUAUACAUUACAUAAAGGGGAAACACAUUUCUAAUUUCAAAUAUAGAAGUUCUGACUAUAAUAGUUGAAUAGAAUACGAAGUUGACGGAUAAUCUCUUCUUUUAAGCUCCUGAACAGACCUGCUUUUUGGUGAAUUAAUGAAUUGAUUAGUUCUACCUGUGAUGAGGUCUCUGCCUGAAAUCAGAGACUUAAACCAUCAAAACAUUUAACAGUUUGAAAUGAAGCUGCUUGUCCGUUUUUAUUCAGAAACUACUUUAUGGUUUUUAUUUAUCACUGUGUUAUUUUUCUGCAUCAUUGUGUCUUUACAUACCUCUGUUGUACCUCUGAAUGUUGUUCAGUGGAGAGCUGCAGACUCAAUUUUGUGUACCUGGUGGUAUGACAAAAACAGAUUAUUUUCAGAUAUUUUCAAAAUGGAGCUUUCUAAAGGAACCGUAUCAAAUUAAAUCAUGUACACAGUAUAUUUUAGUAUAUUUUAUAAACAGGAAGAGACAGACAGGGUAAUCUCAGGCAAGGUGAGGUGUUUUAUACCAGUGAGCAUGUAGCCUGGGUAUAGAAGAGGAAAAGUAAGACACAGUAAAGAUGAGCUAGAUUACUGGGCAGAAUAAUGUCUGAAAUUAUUCAGGUUUAAAGUUUUUUAGAUGAUCAGAAUGACUUUGUUAGUCAGACAUUGUCACUGGGGGAGAUAAUUAAACAUGCAUCAGUGCAGAUCCAAACAGGUUUUCCAAUGCUGCUCCUCAUUUUCAGGCUGCAGGAAAAAAAAAGGCCAUGCGUUGACUAGUUUUACUAGUUUUUCCCAAAAUAUUUUGUUUUCACAUGUUUUUAGAUCAGUUUGAUGAAAACACAAAAAAAUCUGAAAAAUGUUUGUUUUUCAGAUUGUAAAUGUUUUCUGAGAUUUUUUUCUGUUGAUUGUUUUUGGUUUUCAUAGAAAAUUUCAUCAUUUGUUCAAUAUGAUCUAAUGUGAUUAUCAAACAUUUUAACAUUUUUGCUAACUUCUGUUUGUGUUUCAUUAAAUAUCUUUAUGUCAAUAAAUUAGAGCUUCUUGUUUCAGUACAUGACAGAUUGUUUUGUCAUGUGGUUUGUGUUUCUAUAAUCAGCCCAUGAGCACGGUUGCGGUCCUCGGAGGAGGGAUUGGGGGUCUGGGAGCAGCAUACUACCUGAGCAAAUGUCCUCAGGUUACCAAGGUAACACACACACACAGACACACACACACACACACAUAAUCUUUUCCACAAUGAACACAUCAGUUGUUUGCAAAUGUAUCACUAUGUUAUUCACCUUUUAAUACUUAAAAUACUUGAAAACAACAGUUUAAUUGAAUUUAUGUAGGAUGAAAAUAUUAUAUAUCUUUAACACCAUAAAAACAAAAGUCUGGGGAUUUUUGGUCAGUUUCUUAUCUAGAAGAGUUUAUUAAAGUUGAGGGAAGAUUGAAGAAAGCCCUGCAGUCCAAAUCAGGAGACAGCUUUGCUCUUAAAGCAGCUAAAACAUAUUCUGAUGUGUCUAAAAGAUUAAGAAGACAAAAACACAUUAAACAGACACAAAAAAGGUCAAAUCUGCAUUUUGAUUUCUUCCCCCAGUCCAUGUUUUCAGAAAUAAUCUCAACUGUGCUCUGUCUCCCUCUGCAGGUCAUAGUUUUGGAGUCCAGUGGGCGGUUUGGGGGCUGGCUGUGGUCCACCAGGAGGCCUGAUGGGGCCGUGUUUGAACAUGGACCCAGAGGAAUCAGACCUGCAGGGGCGGUGGGACGAAACACUCUCAACAUGGUGAGUGAUAUCUGAGUUUAAACAGCACGGGCAGAGCUCUUCCAACCAAAUAUGUUUAUAUUUAGAGUAAAAUCACUGCUAAUGGGACGACUGUCCUCUGUGCGUUUGAACUCUGAUGGUUUCAAAGGUAUUCAUAACUUACUCAGAGGAUAUAGUCCAGUGGAUGGGGUCAUGUUGUGCUCCUGUUGAGCCUGAGGGAUUCUGAUUUGCAGAAUCACCUGUCAACUGUUGAUUUUCAGAUGAUUUAUUAAUGCACUUCAUAAACUGCCCCUCGGAUUUGACCGUCGGUAGCACUUUGAUAAAGAGUUGCGGGAUACUGAAAGAAAACUCAUUUUGCCUUUUUUUCCCUUUACAAAACACAAAUUUACACCAGAGAAAUGUUAAGUGCUUAAAAAAUUUAUAGAGAUAUCCAGUCAUGUAAUUCUACUGUUUACAAAUGUGGACAGGAAGAAGUGAUCACUGUUCUGGGCCGAAUGUAAAAAAGUGUGAAGUAAUCUGGGCCUCCUCAAGAAUAACAGACUAAAGGUUUGACUGAGAGAAAAAAAGAGACUCUUCAGUUUAAAAUCAAGCUAAUUUAUGUCUUAAAGGAAAAGAAUAUCAGGGCCGAUAUGAAUAAAAAUCCUUUAAUAAACCGGGACAUUUUCAUUCUGUAUCAGAGUGCUUUAUAUUUUCACUCCCUGCUUGAAAAAAACAGAGCCGUCACAUUUUUGUCUUUAAAUUUGUACAUUUAUAAUUUGUACCUUUCAGUCUACUCUCUGCCUUCAAAACAAAACCCUCCUACUUCUACCCAGCUGCCAAAAGACGUCUCACAUCGUAGAUUUGAAAAGUUUCCUCCAGUGUUGUAGCAUUUUAACUGACUUGAAUCAAAUGAUAUAUGUCUUACUGCUCUCAGCGUACCAAAAGGUCAGUUUAGCAUGAAACUGAACAUUUAUAUUCACAGUUCAUGCUACUAUUUGGUUAUGAAACAACUGGAACUGAUAAGUCUUUGUCUUUAUGGAGACAGAUAUGAAGAAGAACAUUAGGAAGGGGAGUGAAUGUUUCUGUUUGGUUCUUUUUACUGUCAAAGACCUCAAGAGGGUCUUUGACAAUAAAAAGUCAUAUACUUCACAGCAAUAAAGACAAGGAAAGUCCAGAUUCUCAGUGAGAGACACAUUGGACCAUUGACAGAGAGCAGGAUGAAACUUUUACUCCAGAGACAUCAUCAUACUUGUUCAUGUUGAAAGCAGCAGAGGGUCUGAAGCUAAGAAAAACACAAACAUUCAUACUAAUCCUUUUUCUCAUGUCUCAUGUCUCUGUGUGUGUGCAGGUGGAGGAUCUGGGUCUGGCUGAUGAGAUCCUCCCUGUCACCUACAGUCAUGUUGCCUCUAAGAAUAGAUAUCUGUACGUCAACAAACAGCUGCACAGGAUGCCUUCAGGGCUCGGGUAAGAGUGGGAAAAAGGAAAUCUGUUUGAGAGUUUACAUAGUGACAUCAAGCGAUGUGGUCUUUAAGAGCAUCCUCCUCUGUUCUGUUGGCUUCUCAGUGGAGUGGUUCGGACCGUCCCUCCCUUCACCCGCCCUCUGCUGUUGAACAUUGCCAUGGAGAUCCUGAAGAAGAGAGGAAAGGAGGAAGAUGAGUCCAUCCAUUCGUUUGUUUCCAGGAGGCUGGGACAGGAAGUGAGGAGAUUUUGAAAAACACUGUUUAUGAAAAUCAAUGAAACCCGGACCGAGAAUUUUCCUCUUAAAACAAUCAAAAACAUGAAUGACUCAUUUAUUGAUGGUAUUAAGAAGGAACGUUUCCACUGACUUUUCUCCUGCAUGUGUGUGUGUGUGUGUGUGUGUGUGUGUGUGUGCGUGUGUGUGUGUGUGUGUGUUUAGCUGGCAGAUAUAGCCAUAGAUAGCCUGUGUCGAGGCGUAUUUGCAGGAGACUGCAGGAUGUUGAGUGUUCGCUCCUGUUUCCCAAUCCUCUUCAACUCAGAGCAGAGCAAAGGUUCCAUUGUGCUGGGGAUGCUGCUGGGAUCAGGUACAGGUCUAAGAUUUAAGGCCAGAACUGGCACUUUGAAAGCUUAAACAUGCUCAAAACGUGUGAAAGGGUCUCAGACACUGGCUAACCAGCCGCCUGUUUUGCACAAAAAUCUGUCAGAUUUAAAGAAAGUCUUCAGACAAACAGGACUCAAGGAGAGUUUAACAAAAAAAAAAAAUCUUUCAUCUGCUUUAAAUUCAGAGUUUGCUGCACAUGCUGCAAUCCAAACCCUAGACAUGAACACAUGUAGCACUUUGAAAGCUUUGGAGUUUGGCUGUACAUGAAAAAUCUCAGCCUGAACACACCUGCACUCCAGAUAGCCACUUAAACUCUGACCAGAUAGUCCCUAAAGCCAUAACCCAAACCUGCCAUGAAGAGCAGAGGUCCAAGCCCAACAACCACUGAUGGGAUUAUGUUGGAAUAAUGUACCAUGUGGGAUUAUUAGCCAUGUUGAGACCUUCAAAGAAGUCUUCUGAACCCAUAUUGUAAAACUUGCAUAAAGUCCAUAAUUUUUAAUCUACUGGGAAACUGUCUCAUUUUUAGCCAUAUCUGUGCCUGUCCUGUCUGGCUAAUCGAACUUACCUUUGAAAACAUCCAUACGGUACAUCAGUGACAGUGACAGCCACCAUGAUAGUUCUCUGAACUGUCUGAUAUUAAUCUACACCAAAUCUGAAACGGCCUUCCUUUUUUUCCCCAUGAGAUGUACUUCUGGAUUCAGUUUGAUUUUUUUCUCAUGAUUAGAUAGAUUCAUGUCUGUUUUGUGUAAUCUGUUCCCUGUUGGUCUGCAACUGUCUGUGGUAACCCUACAGGUGGUGGUCCGGUGGUCCCUCCUGGUCGUCUGGCUCAGAGGUCAGCCAAAGAGUCGUGGGCUCAGUGGUCUCUGAUCAGAGGUGUGCAGUCCCUCCCCGAGGCACUCACAGAGUUCCUGCAGCAAAGCGGGAGGGUUCAGCUGCACCGAGACGAGGCGGUGACGAAGAUCAGACCGUCAGGGAGCGGCUGGACGGUCAGUGAGGACUCCAGGAAGUAUUUAAGAACAUAAACCUGACUGCAUGUAGCUGCUUUUUCAACCUGUCUGCGCAGACUUUGACUUAAACGAGCCCUCGAAUUACUCAGCUGUUUGUUUUCUUUAUUCUAACUGCAUGAAAAUGUGGAGCCUAAACUGGAGGCAGACUGUUGCUUUCUUAUGAUACCUUUCUGAUGUGUGUGUGUACGUGCGUAUAUAGAUUCAUUUGGAGGAUGGUGUCUUGACUGCUGACCACAUCAUCUCUGCACUUCCAGCUAAAGGUGAGUGAUGGCCUUUCAUGGUGAAGUUUUAUCUUUGUCAAAGUUUGACUUUAUCAGUGUGAAAAGUUCUUUUUUAAAUCUGAGUGGAACACCUGUAUGGUUUCUCUUUUUCCCAAUGCCAUCACAGCCUCCUGAGCUGAUGAUAGGCUGAGUUUUCUUCUUUAUUCUUUUUUAUUUAUUUAUUUUUGUUAUAAAUUUAUAGUUUUAUUUAUUAUUAUUAUUAUUAUUAUAUAUCUAUUUUUUUAUUUUAUAUUUUAUUUAUUUUCUUUUUUUCUGAAUUCUUAUUUGUGAUGUAAUGAAGACUAUCUUAGGCAGUCCCAAAAAAAGAGAAGAUACAGAUCAUAGCGUUUCAGGACAGUAAAGCAAACACACAGAAAAAGAGCAAACUAAAAGGUCGUGUCCUCUAUGAAGUGGUGUGUGUGAAAUGAGUUGUAGUUUUUGUACCAAAGAUCUUUAAGUGUGAACAUUUGAAGACCUCACUGUGACACUGACGUUGUCUAAAGUGUCUCCUCACUCUCGUCUCUUUUUGACAGCUCUGUCCUUAGCCCUCCCCUCCUCCUGUCAGCCAAUCAUCGAGCAGCUGCAGGACAUCUCCACGGUAACUGUUGCCGUGGUGAACCUGGAGUACCAGGGCUCCAUCCUGCCUGUGACGGUGAGAAUUUUACAGAGGGGGUAAAGUGGACCCACAUCAGGGGGGUCCUCAGUGUGGAGCAGACAGAACGUACUGACCACAGCAGACCAUGUCGGCUAGAGCGAGCUGUGACUGUGUGUGUGUGUGUGUGUGUGUGUGUGUGUGUGUGUGUGUGUGUGUGUGUGUGUGUGUGUGUGUGUGUGUGUUUGUGUGUGUUUUGGUCACCUGGUUCCCUCAUCAGAGGAUCGGGGUCUGCUUGGUGUCGUCUAUGACUCUGUUCCCUUUCCUGAACACAACAGACCUGAAGGACACACAACAAGGCUGACGGUACACGUAGCACGCAUGCAAGCACACACUUCAUCUCUCUCUGUCUGACUCUAUUUUGAUCAUCAGAUUGGUGAUUUGGCAGUCUCAGUCUCGGUCUGGUCUUGCACAGAUGCACAGAGAGAGUUGAAUUAGUGUCCAUCAGCAGAUUUCCUUCGAGAGGAGCAGCUGGUUCAAAAACAACUUCAACAAGUUUAAGCACCUGUAGAUAUGUCUGAUAUGUCUGCAGGGUGUCACUCCUCUGACCUGAACUCCUGUCUCUGUCCUCCAGGUGAUGAUGGGCGGGGCUUGGUUCCAGGAGGCAUUUGGUGACGCAGAGUCAGUUUCAGAGGAGACCCUUCUAGCAAGAGCGACCGAGGCUGUGCAGACACACCUGGGAGUGACCUCAGCGCCGAGCUGGAGCCGAGUGAUCGUGCAGAGGGUAAACACACAGCGUCUGUUUAAACACAUGUUGAUUCAAACCAGGACAUAGAGGAAAACUCUGACUGUGUUGGUAUGUUAGUGUUGGACCCAAAUCAUCUCUUCAAGGACCAGUGCUGAUACGGUUAAUGAUAAUAUGCUUUGGCUGACUGCUGUUGUACAACAGUUUUUUAUAACACCCAUCAGUCCACACACAUUAGUAUCAUCUGUCCAGUAAGGAGGUCCAAUGGUUGGACACACUCUGGAUAGCCAUGGUGUUUGCCUGAUACCUUCACACUUAUGUUGAUUUUUCAGUUAUUUAAUUUAAAUAUUAAUAAAUCGGAUCAUGAUUGUCAGAAAGUCACUCAUUUUUAUUCUGUCCAUCUAUUGAGUCAGUGUGAGCAACAAACUCCUCGCCGUUACUUCAGUAGAUUUAUCCAAGCUUUAUCCUGACCAACUAUCUAUUGGCUAUUGCAGUUGACCUUUAACCCUCCUGUUACCAGCUGUGACAACAGUCAGAUCCACUAUGGAUCACUAAAUAUGUCAUGUUGCAUUUGAGUCAAAGCAGAAAAAUCAGAAAGCCAAUAAACCUGAAUGUUUACUAUUUACUCUGCAUUUUCCUCUUUCCUUUUUUGGCUGAUAAUAUAUUUUCCUGCCAGACAACUGAAUGUGAGACCAGCUAAAAGAAAAGCUGACCUUUUACGUGUUUUAAGAAGGAUUUUUACUGACUUCAUAAAACAGUAUAAUACUCUGGGUAUUUAGUUGUUUCUUCGGUCAUAUAUCAUUUCUGUUUUUUCUUCACCUUGCUGAAAAGCUUCUCUAAUAUGCAGACUGUAGUGCUGCUGUGUGAGUAAUAAAGUCUGUGGUGUGUUUCCCUCAUCAGGACUGUAUACCUCAGUACUACCUGGGACACCAUCGGAAAGUAGGUGAGUGUCAACUCCACCACAUCUGAACAGGAGCUGUUUAUAGAGUUAACUUUAACACACAGUGUCAUUUAGCUGAUGUGGAGCUGACAGUUUUUCCUACUUGAGGAAUUAAUUUUAUAACUUUGCUGUAUCUAUAGCUGUGGAUUUAUGAGCUGCUAUAUUUAAGAAGUAGCUGACAAAAAAAUGAUUUAUCAUGCCCUGUUAUUUAAUCAAGUUUCAGACAGUAUUGAUAUAUUUCUGUCAGCUGAUGCCUGUUUAUGGUUGAAUAAUUUAUUGUCAGCUAAGCUCUGUUUUCAGUUUGAUUUGAAUCUUAUUUGGUUGACAAAAAUAACAAAGCAAAGAUUUUACUUAUUUUUACUAUAUUUUUAUAUUUUUCUAUUGUGUUAUUUUGUGCCAUAUUAUUAUUUUUUUACUGAUACCUUCUCUUUGCACUGUCUCAGGAGCUGUUUUUUUUUUAAUUUUUUUGCGCCUUUUGGCACAAUGACAAUAAAGAAUUCUGAUCUGUUAAUGUCUGUGUGUCUUUCCAGAGUCCAUGCGCAGCUUCAUCAAGAAGAACAACCUGUCGCUGUCUCUGAUUGGCUCCUCCUAUGAUGGCGUGUCAGUGAAUGAUGUCAUCUUUAGUGGACGGACAGCUGUAGAGGAGCUGCUCGGAACCAAAUUUUGAUAAGGCCGUGAACUCAGUAGAACAAAGGGACCUUUCUGUUUACAAAGAGUUUCAGUAAAGCAUUUAAAGCCACUAAACACUGAUCUCUUCACUCCCAUCAGAUCCGCUGUUUUUUAGAGAAGCAAACGUUUAUUUAAAGAAUUAUUGAAAAGCCCAAACUGUUUGAUUCAUGAACUCCAGUCCCAUCUUUCUGCUUCAGGUCAGAACUGAACAGCUAUGAAUGUAAAGAUCAUGCCCAUGCAAUGUAAAGCCUUCUCUCUUCUGUGCCCAGUGUAAACAUUCAGUUUUAUUAAGAUUAGUAAUUUCAUAAAAAAAGAAUCUAGAAACAUGUUUGUCAGAAUUUGUUUAAGUAUGUACAGAACGGGGUACUGUCAGGGAUGUAAAAACAAAGCCCUGGUUAAAGAACCAGAUUAAAGGUGUCCAGUUGGAUCACAUCUUUGUAAAAUAAUCUGGGUAUAAGAUUAUAAUAAUAUCUGGGUUGUGUGUGUCUGAUCAAUCCUCCAGUCGGUAUUAUUAAAACUUAGACUUAUCUGAUACCAGCACAGAGCCAGAUUCAGACUGGAUUACAAGACUGAUGAUACAGUUAAUAUUUUUGAUGUGGAGAGAUUAUUUGUUUACUUGAAACUAAACAAAGAAAUUAAAGAAAUGUUACUGUUUUUUUUCUCUAA